AUGACAAGAAGUAGCUCACAGAGCCAUGAAGAAACAGUCAAGUACAUCAAGGAGAAGAUCCAGGAGAAUCCCUCUCCAGAGAGGAGCAUCAAUCUGUUCCACUGUCUGAAUGAACUGAAGGACCAUUCUCUAGUGGAGGAGAUCCAAAGCUACCUGAGAUCAGGAAGUCUCUCAAAACCCAACCUGUCACCCUGGACAGUGAGUCAUGAUGAUCUCUUUGUCAGGCUGUCAGGCUGUGGAGUCACAGAGGAAGGCUGUGCUUCUCUGGUCUCAGCGCUGAGGUCAAACCCCUCACACCUGAGAGAGCUGGAUCUGAGUAACAAUGACCUGAAGGAUUCAGGAGUGAAGCUGCUCUCUGCUGGACUGGGGAAUCCCCACUGUAAACUGGAGACUCUGAGGCUGUCAGGCUGUCUAGUCACAGAGGAAGGCUGUGCUUCUCUGGUCUCAGCUCUGGAGUCAAACCCCUCACACCUGAGAGAGCUGGAUCUGAGUAACAAUGACCUGAAGGAUUCAGGAGUGAAGCUGCUCUCUGCUGGACUGGAGGAUCCACACUGUAAACUGGAGAUUCUGAGGCUGUCAGGCUGUCUAGUCACAGAGGAAGGCUGUGCUUCUCUGGUCUCAGCUCUGGAGUCAAACCCCUCACACCUGAGAGAGCUGGACCUGAGCUACAAUCACCCAGGAGACUCAGGAGUCAGACUGCUCUCUGCUGGACUGGAGGAUCCACACUGCAGACUGGAGAAACUCAAGCUGUCAGGCUGUCUAGUCACAGAGGAAGGCUGUGCUUCUCUGGUCUCAGCUCUGGAGUCAAACCCCUCACACCUGAGAGAGCUGGACCUGAGCUACAAUCACCCAGGAGACUCAGGAGUCAGACUGCUCUCUGCUGGACUGGAGGAUCCACACUGCAGACUGGAGAAACUCAAUGUGGAACAUGGUGGAGAGAACAGAAUGAAACCUGGACUUAGAAAAUAUGUCUGUGAUCUCACACUGGACUUAAACACAGUAAACAGACACCUCUCUCUGUCUGAGGAGAACAGAAAGGUGACAUGGAGGAGAGAGAAGCAGCCGUAUCCUGAUCACCCAGAGAGAUUUGAGGACCGGGGUCAGGUGCUGUGUAGAGAGAGUCUGACUGGGCGCUGUUACUGGGAGGUAGAGUGGAGUGGGGGAGGGGCUGUUAUAGGAGUGACAUAUAAAGGAAUUAGCAGGAGAGGAGAGAGUAAGGACUGCUGUCUUGGAAACAAUGACAAGUCCUGGAGUCUGUACUGCUAUGACAACAGUUACGUUGCCUAUCACAAUAGUAAUGGGACUAUCAUAGACGUCCCCUCCUCCAGCCCCCACAGAGUAGGAGUGUAUCUGGACUGGCCAGCCGGCACUCUGUCCUUCUAUAGAGCCUCCUCUGACACACUGACCCACCUGAUCACAUUCACCUCCACAUUCACUGAGCCCCUCUAUCCAGGGUUUAGGGUUUGGAAUGAUGGUGCCUCAGUGUCCCUGUCAGGUGAAAUAGUAAUAUAAAACACACUUAUUCCCAUUAAUUACACACACACACACACACACACACACACACACACACACACACACACACACACACACACACACACACACACACACACACACACACACACACACACACUGGACAAACACACACCCACACACACACACACACACACUGGACAAACACACUGGACAAACACACACACACACACACACACACACACACACACACACACUGGACUCAAAAACACACACACACUGGACAAACACAAACACACACACACACACACACACACACACACACACACACACACACACACACACACACACACACACACACACACACUGGACACACACACUGGACACACACUGGACACACACACACACAGACACAGACACACACACACACACGCACACACGCACACACACGCUGGACACAAACACACACACUGAACACACACUGGACACACACACACACACACACACUGGACAAACACACAUACACACACACACACACACUGGACAAACACACACACACACACACACACACACACACACACACACACACACACACACACACACACACACACACACACACACACACACACACACACAACACACACACUGAACACACACACACACAGACACUGGACACACACACAGACACUGGACACACACACAGACACUGGACACACACACACACACACACACACACACACACACACACACACACACACACACACACACACACACACACACACACACACACACACACACACACA